CCCUCCGCGGGCCCGGCACCAGGCGGGCCGGAGGAUGAGCCAGCAGCCGGCGGGGAAGAUGUCGGCGGCUCCCCUGGCGGCCGAGGCGCUGGAGCCAACGGCGGGGAUGCUCGAGGGCCGCCAGAGGAAGCUGGAGUCCAUGAUCCGCGACCCGCGCUCCCCGGUCAACGUGGAGAGCCUGCUGGAUGGCUUGAAUUCUUUGGUCCUUGAUCUGGAUUAUCCAGCGCUGAGGAAGAACAAGAACAUUGAUAAUUUUUUAAAUAGAUAUGAGAAGAUUGUGGAAAAAAUCCGAGCUUUACAAAUGAAAGCUGAAGACUAUGAUGUUGUUAAGGUGAUUGGAAGAGGGGCUUUUGGAGAAGUGCAGCUGGUUCGCCAUAAAAUGACACAGAAGGUUUAUGCAAUGAAGCUCCUUAGUAAAUUUGAAAUGAUCAAAAGAUCAGAUUCAGCCUUUUUCUGGGAAGAAAGAGAUAUCAUGGCCUUUGCCAACAGCCCGUGGGUGGUUCAGCUAUUUUGUGCCUUUCAAGAUGACAAAUAUUUGUACAUGGUAAUGGAAUACAUGCCAGGCGGAGAUCUCGUAAACCUUAUGAGCAAUUACGAUGUGCCUGAGAAAUGGGCCAAGUUCUACACAGCUGAAGUUGUUCUUGCUCUUGAUGCAAUUCACUCCAUGGGCUUGAUACACAGAGAUGUGAAGCCUGACAAUAUGCUUUUAGAUAAGUAUGGGCAUCUGAAGCUGGCAGAUUUUGGCACUUGCAUGAAAAUGGAUGAAACAGGAAUGGUGCGCUGCGACACAGCCGUGGGGACGCCCGACUACAUCUCGCCCGAAGUCCUGAAGUCGCAGGGCGGUGAUGGCUACUACGGACGGGAAUGUGACUGGUGGUCUGUAGGGGUUUUCCUUUUUGAGAUGUUAGUUGGUGAUACUCCUUUUUAUGCAGACUCACUAGUAGGAACAUAUAGUAAAAUUAUGGAUCACAAGAACUCAUUGCAUUUCCCUGAUGAUGUGGAAAUCUCUAAGCAUGCAAAGAACCUUAUCUGUGCCUUUUUAACUGAUAGGGAUGUGCGACUUGGGAGAAAUGGGGUUGAAGAAAUAAAGCAUCACCCUUUCUUCAGAAGUGAUCAGUGGAACUGGGACAACAUUCGAGAGACUGCUGCUCCUGUUGUUCCUGAGCUUAGCAGUGAUAUAGAUAGCAGUAAUUUUGAUGACAUUGAGGACGACAAGGGAGACGUGGAGACCUUUCCAAUCCCCAAAGCCUUUGUGGGAAACCAGCUGCCUUUCAUAGGAUUUACCUAUUACAGAGACAAUUUGUUGCUAAGUGACUCCUCUCAGUCUUGCAGAGAAAACGAAUCUGUGCAAUCUAGUAAAAAUGAGGACAGCAAAGAGUUUCAGAAUAAACUAAGCAAGCUAGAAGAACAGCUCAGUAAUGAAUUACAAGCCAAAGAUGAACUAGAACAGAAGUACAGGUCUACAAGUGUUCGUUUAGAGAAGAUAGCGAAAGAGCUCGAUGAAGAGAUAACUUCAAGGAAGAAUGUAGAGUCUGCAGUCAGACAGUUAGAGAGAGAGAAGGCUCUUCUUCAGCAUAAGAACACAGAAUACCAGAGGAAAGCAGAACAUGAAGCAGAUAAGAAACGCAAUUUGGAAAAUGAGGUUAACAGUUUGAAAGACCAACUUGAAGAUUUAAAAAAGAGGAAUCAGAACUCUCAAAUAUCCAAUGAAAAAAUCAAUCAACUACAAAGACAGUUGGAUGAAGCCAAUUCUUUGCUGCGGUCAGAGUCUGAUACUGCAGCCAGGUUAAGGAAGAACCAGACAGAAAGCACAAAGCAAAUCCAGCAGCUGGAAAUUAAUAAUAGAGAACUACAAGAUAAGAACUGCCUGCUAGAGAAUGCAAAACUCAAACUGGAGAAGGAGUAUCUCAAUCUUCAGUCAGCUCUAGAAUCAGAAAGGAGAGAUAGAAGUCAUGGAUCAGAGAUUAUCAGUGAUUUACAAGGUCGAAUAUCUAGCCUUGAAGAAGAAGUGAAAAAUGGAAAGAGUGCAUUAGCCAAACUGGAAAUGGAGAAAAGACAAUUGCAGGAAAAGCUCACAGAUUUAGAAAAGGAAAAGAGCAACAUGGAAAUAGAUAUGACAUAUAAAUUUAAAGUUAUGCAGCAGAACCUUGAACAAGAAGAAGCUGAACAUAAAGCCACAAAAGCACGAUUAGCAGACAAAAAUAAGAUCUAUGAGUCUAUAGAGGAAGCAAAAUCUGAAGCCAUGAAAGAAAUGGAAAAGAAACUUUUGGAAGAGAGAGCUUUAAAGCAGAAAGUAGAAAACCGGCUGUUGGAAGCUGAGAAGCAGCGCUCCAUGUUGGACUGUGAUCUCAAACAGUCACAGCAGAAGAUAAAUGAGCUCCUUCGGCAAAAGGAUCUACUGAGUGAAGAUGUAAAAAACUUGACAUUAAAAAUAGAGCAAGAAACACAGAAGCGCUGUCUCACUCAAAAUGACCUCAAGAUGCAAACACAGCAGGUCAACACCUUGAGGAUGUCGGAGAAGCAGUUAAAACAGGAGAAUAACCACCUUCAGGAAAUCAAAUUAAGUCUGGAAAAACAAAACAAUGAACUCCGCAAGGAACGUCAAGAUGCAGAUGGACAAAUGAAAGAGCUUCAAGACCAGCUCGAAGCCGAGCAAUAUUUCUCAACUCUUUAUAAGACACAAGUUCGAGAACUUAAAGAAGAAUGUGAGGAAAAGACCAAAAUUUGUAAAGAAAUGCAGCAGAAGAUACAAGAGUUACAGGAUGAGAGAGAUUCCUUGGCUGCUCAGCUAGAGAUUACUUUGACAAAAGCAGAUUCAGAACAACUUGCCCGUUCCAUUGCUGAAGAACAGUACUCUGAUUUGGAAAAAGAGAAGAUUAUGAAAGAGCUGGAGAUUAAAGAGAUGAUGGCGAGGCAUAAACAGGAACUUACUGAGAAAGAUGCCACCAUAGCUUCAUUGGAGGAAGCAAAUAGGACACUAACUAGUGAUGUGGCUAACCUUGCUAAUGAGAAAGAAGAACUAAACAAUAAACUGAAGGAGGCACAAGAACAAAUUACAAAGCUUAAAGAAGAAGAAGCAAAUGUAGGAAAUAUUAAAGCACAAUUUGAGAAACAGUUGUUGAAUGAGAGAACAUUAAAAACCCAGGCUGUGAAUAAAUUGGCUGAAAUCAUGAAUCGCAAGGGUCCAGUCAAACGUGGAGCUGACACUGAUGUACGGCGGAAGGAAAAGGAAAAUAGGAAGCUGCAUAUGGAACUGAAGUCUGAACGAGAAAAGUUAACCCAGAUGAUGAUCAAGUAUCAGAAAGAAAUAAAUGAAAUGCAGGCACAAAUAGCAGAAGAGAGUCAGAUACGGAUUGAGCUGCAGAUGACUCUGGACAGCAAAGACAGUGACAUUGAACAGCUUCGCUCCCAGCUGCAGUCACUGCACAUUGGGCUGGACAACAGUAGCAUAGGCAGUGGGCCUGGAGAGGCUGAGGCAGAUGAUGGAUUCCCUGAAUCAAGAUUGGAAGGCUGGCUAUCAAUGCCUGUUAGAAAUAACACAAAAAAAUUUGGAUGGGUUAAAAAGUAUGUAAUUGUAAGCAGCAAGAAGAUCCUGUUCUAUGACAGUGAACAAGAUAAAGAGCAAUCUAAUCCCCAUAUGGUAUUGGAUAUAGACAAACUCUUCCAUGUCCGACCAGUCACUCAGACUGAUGUGUACAGAGCAGAUGCCAAGGAAAUUCCUAGGAUAUUCCAGAUCCUAUAUGCUAAUGAAGGAGAGAGCAAAAAGGAACAGGAAUUUCCUGUGGAGCCCAUGGGAGAGAAGUCAAAUUACAUUUGUCACAAAGGACAUGAGUUUAUACCUACUCUUUACCACUUCCCAACCAAUUGUGAAGCUUGCAUGAAGCCCCUGUGGCACAUGUUUAAACCUCCUCCUGCUCUGGAAUGUCGCCGCUGCCAUAUCAAAUGUCACAAAGAUCACAUGGAUAAAAAGGAAGAGAUUAUAGCGCCUUGCAAAGUGUACUAUGAUAUUUCUACGGCGAAGAAUCUACUACUGUUAGCUAAUUCUACAGAAGAACAGCAAAAAUGGGUGAGCCGACUGGUGAAAAAAAUACCCAAGAAGCCUCCAGCACCAGACCCCUUUGCUCGAUCUUCUCCCAGAACUUCCAUGAAGGUACAGCCAAACCAGUCCAUCAGACGACCAAGUCGACAGCUUCCUCCAAACAAACCAAGCUAACUGCUUUCCGUGAAUGCAGACACAGUCAAGGUGAUAAUUUUCUUCCCAUUACAGCAAGACUGAAACAUAUCCCAAAAUAUAUUAAAAAUAUAUAUUUUCCUGAGAGAUUGUGCUAUAUAUAUCAGAGGUUUACAUUUUUGCUGCAAUAUAAAUUACUAAUCUCUGAGGGUUUUCCUGUAUUCUCCCAAGUGACUGAUCAGUUGAGGAAUGGUUGGUAAAUAGUCAAAGGAUAUGUUAGGUAACCUUUUAAGCUCUGUUCCACAAAAGCUUUCUUGGCAAGACACAUACACUACAUUUCAUAAAAGGAUCGAGAGGAAUGAGUAUUGCAAUGGAAGAAACUGACUUUUCAGCUUUGGUAAAGAUGCCACCAGCAUGUCUGCACGUAGAACCGGAGGAGGAUCCACCACAGUGAUAGAGACUGCAUCUGUGAGAAGUGACCAUUAAACUGUGUAAAUAUAUUGUACUGUAAUACUGCAAGAGGGGUUUAAAAAUCUUUCCACUUUAUUUUUUUAUGCUUAUUAAUCAGAUACCGUUACUUAUUGCAGUUGCAACUAUGCACUUGUAUAAAGCCAUAAUGUUGAAGUUUAUAUCAUUCAUACACAUCUAUCAGAAGCUGCAUGUCAGUGUUCAGCAGCUAGUAUAGGUUUGAAGUAUAUACUAGUUUCAGCUACAUCAUCAUGGGCAGUCCCCUUGUACCUGUCUAAUUGCCUUAAUUUAAAUUUUUUUCAAGUUUUUUUUGCCCAUCCUUUCUAUUUAAGGAAAAAGAAAGUUUACCAGCUCUUAGGAUGCAGUUUUGCUUUGUGGCAGAAAAAAUAGUGCACUAUUUUUACACCUAUUAAGUAUAUCAGUGUCAAUCUAUUUUGAAUGUAUAUCAACUGGUUUUAAGGGUGGAGAAGUGUUGGUUACAGAAACAAUGUCUGAGAGCAUGGGAUUUACCAGACCAUUUGCUUGUACAUGUAACUGCUCAUCCAGCCCUUUUUACAAACCUCAGUACUCCUUAUUGACUUAUAUUAACCCUCAUUAAGUGCUAUGAAACUUCAUUUUGCCUUGUUUUUGCAUACUCUCCUAGAUGUGUUUUUUUUUUUUUUAUUUCUGGAAAAUAAAAGAAUCUGUGACUAUUUUUACAUUUCACAACACAGUAUCUGAGGACUGUCACAAACUUUAAGAAAAGUGAAACAUACUGUAGAUGUAUUUUAAAGUUUUAAUCUGGUUCUCUAGCACAUAGCUGUAGGCAUAGAUAAAAAAUUCAGUAGUGUGUUUUGAGAACUGAUAGCUGGGAAGAAAGGGCCUCAGAGGCACUUAUUCUGACUUUUUUUUAACUUGGAGUUGUACAAAAAAUAUAAUAUAUAUGGGCUCAUUCAUGAUGUGUUCAUAAUUAUCCCAGAAAAUGCAUGUUUUUUACAACUACAGUAUGUGAUGUUAAACAUAUUGACAGUAAAAAAUGUAGUCUCCUAUUUGGUCUCUUUAUAUAUAUAUAAAUAUAUAUAUAUAUUUAGAAUAUAUAUAUAUAUAUAUAAAAUAUUGUGUGGGAGUGCAGUAAUUUAAAAUAUGAUCUAACACUUCAAUGAAGGAGGACAUUUCACUUUAAAAUUUUGUUUGUUUGUUUUUGUUUUUAAAGAGUGUUGAAAUGUUUGGAAGGAUAGGACCAUGUUUUAUUUAACACUAUCAUGAAAAGUGGACUUGGAAACACUGAAAUACUGAAAAUUAAUAAAUAUAUUUACAUUUUGUAACCUCUACUACAGUUCAGCUUAACAAAGCAAGAAUGUAUUCAGUCUUCUAUUUAUGUGCUCACAAAGUAAAAUGUUGUUUGUGAGUUCUUAAAUUCAAAACUAAAACUUUCAUAUCAUUUCUGUUAGGUAUUAUAACCCAGAUACAGCUACGGUGGUUUUUCCCUGCUUAUUUUGAUUUACAGAAGUACGGUAUAUUUUUAGAUAAUGCAGAUUUGCAUAGAGUACAACAUUAAAAAUGUAUACAGUAAAACUGUUUCCAUUCACUGAAUGCAUAAAUAUUUUAUAUAUAUAUAUAAAAAAAUGUUACAUUGUGGGAAGUUCUAUCCUUUUCUGAAUUGGAGAAUAUUAUAUAUAUAUAUAUAUAUUUUUAAAUAAACUAUUUGAGUAAGGUAAAAUAGUUCCUGAACUUGAGAAGCUGGUAAUUAAUUGAAAUAUUUAAAUCUAAAGAUAACUACUGCAGCAGAUAUGGGAAAGGCAAGGGCUGCUCCAAAGGCAGCCCAGCAAAGGCUGUGUGUUUGGAGAAAGAGCAGAUUCCAGGGAGCUGUUUGGCACCUCCUCCACUGCUGGGGCUGGAUCCUUUGCACUUUCUUUCCCUGGCUUGCCCUCAUUUACUGUGAGUCCACGGGGCGCUGCUGAGCCUGACAUUUUAGGAGAUGUACUAUAUGAUAGUAUUGCUAGUCGCAGUGUGUGAAUUCCAUGCUUGUACAAGCAGUCCUUAGCUGUACGGACAGCAGGCUGUGCUGAGAUGGAGUCAGGGAGCAGUGCAGGAGCACUGGGCUCCUGUGCUCUGCCCAGAGCAGAGCUCACUUAGCACAGCUUCCUCAAGGCCCCUGGGCUGAGCUGCACAAACCUCACUUUGUACCCAGCACACAGAAAGAAGGCAGAGCUGCUCUUCUGUUCUUCCCCCUUAUCCUGCUGUGAAAUGCAAACACCUCUUUAAUGCUAGUUCCUGGAGUUUUGUGUUGUUUCCUUAUUGUCUAGUGGUGACCUUUUAAUAUUUUUGAGAGAAGGGCAUAUUCAUGAAGUAAGGAGUAUUUGACUUGAAAGUCACGGAUGUUUUAACAUUUUCUUUUUUUUACAGUCUUGUCCUAAGCAAACAGGGCAUUUUUAUGGCCUGAAUGACUUACCUAUAGAAAAUUCUCUCAUUGCAAGUCCUUUUGUCUCACAAGCGUAAAGAAGUGGUAUAGCCAAGCUGCAGAUUAAUCUUCUGGAAAACCAGAGGUCAGACUUGGAGCCAGAAGCUCAAGGCACUUGUACAGAAAUUGCUCCUUAGUUCCCAGACCCAAGAACUCACCAGAACAGAAGGACAGGCACAUCCCACUGAAGUUACCUUGUCAGGUGUCAGAAAGACCUUUCUGCAGUGAGAUUUCCACUUCUGUCCUAGUUGUGUGCUGCAAUUCCCUACCUCUUGUGGUCCCUGCCAAAGUGCAGCUCCUCCAGCACUGCCAGCAACCCAGCACCAGGUCUGCUUCUAACUAGAGGAAAACUGUGGUGGUUCUUGUGCUUCUGAGCAUGGCUGAUGCUGUAACCAAAAACAUGACACAGAAUCACAGUAGGAUGUAGGACUUGGAAACAUGCAGGAGGCUCAAGAUCUUAGCAGUGGCAGGGGCCAAAUUUAAAACAUCACUGAAAUUUCACUUACUUUCUCUUACUGCCUCUUGAAAACACUGAACCUCCUACAUUUUGGCAGGCAUUCAGUGACUCUCUGAAGGCACCAAGGCCAGGAAAGCUGCCACUGAAAUGAUGGGCUUUUUCUCUUUAGUUUCUUGUUUGUUUCUAAUGUCAAGUGAUCAUUAGAAAUUUGAGCCUUUCUGUUUGUAAUCUUACAAUGUAUUAAUUUCCCAUCUAACUUUGAGAGAAUCAUCCUUAAAAAAGAAUGGGCCAAAAUAUCUUUUGGUCCCAAGUGCCUUUACCCAUCGUGUGCUUGUGAGGUUGUAUAUGAGAUGCUGCUGUGAAAAGUGGGAGCUUAUAUGAAAGCAAACUUCUUACCUGCAUUGCUCAUACAAACCCUUAAUCACCUCCUUAUUCUGUUUUUGAGGUGGAAGAACAAGGUCCAGUUCAGUAAACUGGAGUAUUUCAGUCUCCUCCACGUUCCUGGGCAGUUUGCCUUGACAUUCAUGUUACAAUAAUGAUUAAUUUAUUUUCUCAUGUAAUCACAGAAUACAUCAAGUUGGAAGGGACCUAUAAGGAUCAUCGAGUCCAACUCUCUGCUCCUCACAGAACUAUGUAAAACUAAACCAUAUGACUAAAAGCAUGAUCUAGACACUCCUUGACCUCUGACAGGCUUGGUGCCUUUCUCAGUGCAUUACAUUUUUUUACAAAUAAUCAUCUCUGCACAUAGUACACUUUAAAUUGAAAACAUUUCUUAUUUUUUAAGAUAAUCUUCUGAAUCAUUUAGGGUUCUAUCAGAAUCCCAAGGAUCACAGAGUUUGCCUGCUGCUUUGAAGUACCCUUCAUGAGGGUGGGAAGGAUUCUUCUUUCUAAUCUCCAUAAAAGAUAUUGAUGGAGUGGUUCUGAAAAUACAAUUUGUGUUCGAUGUUGAAGUUGCCUAAAAAUUGGACAGGUGUACAUGCUCAGACAUUCUCAUCUGAGAAACUGGACAAGUCUACUGCAAUGUGUGUGGCAGAGAAGAACACUCAAAACACAUCCAGCCUAGUUCUCCUCAGAAACUACUGCAGUGAAUGGAAGAGCUGUAGCUGUAGAAACAUAGCUCCUAAGAAGUGGGGAUGUAGAGAACAUAAUGUAUUGGCACAGGGAUGCUAAUUACCAGGUCUUAUUAAUGAAAAUUGGGGUGUGGAAUCUUUGCCACUUGAUAGGCAGGAAGCAGUGUUUUUUAAAGGUAAGAAAGCCACAUUACUACUCAAUAUUGCAAGGGUGAAGCCUUGGAUUUGACUGCAGCUGCUUUUGCUCCAAUAAUCUUGUAGAAGGUGCAAGAUG